AUGUCAAAUAACAGUCGUCUCAAUAUAUUGGAUUUACCUAAUGAAAUUUUACUGAUUAUUAUCAAUAAACUCAAUAUGGUUGAUGUUCUUUAUUCACUUGCGGAUAUUAAUGAACGAUUUAAUCGAUUGAUAUUCGAUCCUCUUUAUAUCUAUAAUCUUGAUAUGACAAUCAUAACUACCAAAUUAAUGUUUCGUCAUAGUUUGUCAAUAGACAAUCAAAUUCUUGAUAGAAUUUGUGAGAAUGUUUUACCUCGAAUUCAUCAUCACGUAAAUAAACUUACUCUUGAACCAAAUUCAAUGGAACGUGUUCUUUAUUCUUCCAAUUAUUCUCAACUUUAUUCAUUAUCUCUUGUUGAUUUUCAAGAAGAAAUGCUUCUUCAAUAUUUAACAGAAGGUGAUACAAUUCUUCGUAAUCUUCUUGCUGAACAAAUUACUGAUCUUACCAUUGAUAUUUAUGUUAAAUUAAUAUCACCACCAUUAUCUAAAACUCUAUCGAAUCUAUUUGCUUCGAUUUUAUCCUUAUGUAAACGUUUGAACCAUUUAAACUUUUGUCAAUUGUCCAACUAUAGAAGUUUAUCCAUUGAGAUUUAUAAGUUAUCAUUAACAAGUUGUAUGUCUUCAACUUUAAGAACAUUGAUUAUUAAUGUUGAAACUUUUAAUGAUUGUCUUUAUCUUCUUGAUGGACGUCUCCAGUGUUUAUCGACAUUGAUUAUUCAUGUUGAAGAUAUUUCAAUUGCAUCAUCAACUAUAGAUAAUACAAAAAAACUUCUCAAAUUAAAACAUUUUUCAUUAAUCUCGUUUAAUCGCACAGAGAAAUAUGAUAAUUUUGUUGUUCCAUUACUUCAUCGAAUGAUAAAUCUUGAAGAAUUGAAAUUAUAUUUGUCAAUAUUAAGAAUUAACUCGACUUAUGUUAAUGGUGUUCAAUUAUAUGAUGAUAUUCUUAUUUAUAUGCCACGAUUAAAGAAAUUUUAUUUCUGUAUAGAAGCAUCUGUGUACAACAAAGAUAUUAGAAUCGAUCUUCCGUCUAAUGAAGAUAUUCAAAAUAGUUUCAUGCGAAGAGAAUAUGGCCCAAUUGGUUCAUAUAUUCAACCUAUUCUAAUAGAAAGAGGAAUAAGUAGAUGUCAUAUCUAUUCACUUCCAUAUCAAUUCGAACAUUUUUUUUAUCUAAACAAUUAUUUUAAAAGUGGCAUAUUUGAUAAAGUUCAAUACUUAAUGAUGAUGGAGUUACAUCCUUUCGAACAUAACUUCUUCAAAAUUAUCUCUGAAGAUUUUUGUUUUUUGAAAGAGUUACAUAUAAUCAAUAAUAAAUCACAAAAAGAGAAGCAACAAUCAUCAACAUUGAUUAUAUUUCGUCAUCUUGCUAUUCUGGAUCUGAUUGAUGCUCAUAUAGAUUAUGCUGAACAAUUCCUCUUCGAUAAGAACACUCAUUUACCUCGUUUGCGGUAUCUUAGGAUUCUAUAUGAAUCACUCAGAAUGGUUACUAAUAAUUUUACUAAUGAUGAAGCACGUCUAACUUGUGGUAAAGUGAAAUAUCUUGAAAUACAUGAACCAUUUGUUCGUCCAAAAAAUUUUCACGAAUAUUUUCCUUUAUUGUAA